AAAAAAAGAGAGAGUUCCGGGGGACAGCUUUGGGUGUUGGCUAAUGGGUUUGGGCCUCUCUUUUUCCACGGUUCUGUGGUUUUUUCUUUGCGCAUUGUCCCCCUUUAAAGCUAUUUUCUCGGCCAGAGGGAUCUUUGUGCCGCUGUUUGCCUUCUUUUAUACAGAUGGCGAUCGGAUUGAGUACAGGCUAUCUGACCAACAUUUGAGGGCCAGCCAAGGUGCAUUUUGCUUAUUCUUGUGGAGCUGCUUUCUUUCCGUGACAUGAUGAACAGCUCUAUUUCUCAAGGCCUCUUUAGAUCGCCAAUGAAUACAAAGGCUGUCUGAUAUACGGAGGGCUUUUCUUUCAUUCUUUUUUAUAUUUUAUAUUUUAUUUUAUAUUUUAUAUUUUAUAU